ACGUCUUGUGUGUUUAGUCGCCACCCAGAAACCCUCACCUCUUCUACUCUUCUUGCUCCUCAACCUCUCCACCUCUUUCAAACUCCGAAAAUGAGCAGCGAUAAGGACAGCUUCAACGUCGGCGAUCUCACCACCGGUCUUAAGGAUGAGGAUCGUGCAGGCCUUGUCAACGCUCUUAAGAACAAGCUGCAGAAUCUGGCUGGACAGCACUCUGAUGUGCUCGAGAAUCUGACUCCGAAAAUCAGAAGGCGUGUUGAGGUCCUGAGGGAGAUUCAGGGCAAACAUGAUGAAAUAGAGGACAACUUCCGCGAGGAGAGAGCUGCACUUGAAGCCAAGUAUCAAAAGUUAUACCAGCCUUUGUAUACCAAGCGCUAUGAGAUUGUGAAUGGAGCUAUCGAAGUUGAAGGAGCUCAAGAGGAUGUUAAGAUGGACCAGAGAGAGGAAAAAACUGCAGAAGAGAAAGGAGUCCCUAGUUUCUGGCUGACCGCCUUGAAAAACAAUGAUGUUAUAUCCGAAGAGAUCACAGAGCGUGAUGAAGGAGCUCUCAUGUAUCUUAAAGAUAUUAAGUGGUGCAAGAUUGAGGAACCAAAGGGAUUCAAGCUUGAGUUUUUCUUCGACCAGAACCCUUACUUCAAAAACACCCUAUUAACAAAGGCGUAUCACAUGAUUGAUGAAGAUGAGCCUCUGCUUGAGAAGGCUAUUGGGACAGAGAUUGAUUGGUAUCCUGGAAAAUGCCUAACUCAGAAGAUUCUUAAGAAGAAGCCUAAGAAAGGUGCAAAGAAUGCCAAGCCAAUCACCAAAACUGAAGAUUGUGAAAGCUUCUUCAACUUCUUCAGCCCUCCCCAAGUUCCUGAUGAUGAUGAAGACAUCGACGAAGACAGAGCUGAGGAACUUCAGAAUCUGAUGGAACAAGAUUAUGACAUUGGUUCUACAAUCCGGGAGAAGAUUAUACCUCAUGCUGUCUCAUGGUUUACUGGUGAGGCUAUUGAAGGAGAGGAGUUUGACAUAGACAAUGACGAUGAAGAUGAUAUUGAUGAGAACGAAGAUGAUGAUGAAGAAGAUGAUGAGGACGAAGAUGAGGACGAAGAAGAUGACGAUGACGAAGAUGAGGAAGAAGUAAGCAAGACCAAAAAGAAGCCGUCAAUCCUACACAAGAAAGGAGGCAGGCCUCAGAUUAACGAUGGACAACAAGGGGAGAGGCCUCCUGAGUGCAAGCAACAGUAAAAUGUUGUGUGUUUUGAGUGAAGUUCCAUGUAAGGCAAAAUGUUUGAGGUCUCCGCAUUGAAGUUCCGUCGUAGGCGGAAUUGACCUCGCGAGAUAUUUGAUAAAUUAUUUUUGGUGUUUCUUCCUUUUUUGUUUACUUGGAUCACCGAGUUAAAGUCUUGGUUUUAUUGACAAAAAAAAAGUUGUGGUUUUAUUACUUGUUUAAAAUUAAAAUUAUUGUUUUGUA